UGACUUGCCGGUGAGGGGUCCGGCUCGGAGCGGCGGGGAGGAGAGCCCGCCGCAGCGCGCACGUGGCCGCGGAUGCCGCAGGCCGGGCCUCUCCCUGGCCCCUCUCUGCCGCGGUUCCCACCUUCCCGGGUGCCAGCCCCGCGCACCGCCCGCUGCGAACUACUCUUCCCGGCAGGACGCGGGCGCGCGCACGCGCACCGGGGCCUCCGCCAUGGCGACUGUGCUGUCCAGGGCGCUCAAGCUCCCCGGGAAGAAGAGCCCAGACCUAGGGGAGUAUGACCCCCUCACACAGGCCGAUAGUGACGAGAGCGAGGAUGAUCUUGUGCUCAACUUGCAGCAGAAGAAUGGAGGGGUCAAAAACGGGAAGAGCCCUCUGGGAGAAGUGCCAGAGCCUGACUCCGAUGCCGAGGCUGUGGGGGCUGUAAAGCCACAUCUUUCAGAGGUCGCCACAGAGGGGUACCCCUCGGAACCUCUUGGGGGCCUGGAGCAGAAGGCAACCUCUUCCAUCAUGUCUUAUGUGCGCACCUCUGUGUUUCUGCUAACUUUGGUCAUCUCCAUGAUCCUGGUGCUCGUAUGUGCUUUCCUGAUCCCCUGUCCCCCCCGAGAUCUGCACAGCACUUGGAGCCGCCACCUGGGCCUGCAGGGAGGUGCGGACCUAUCUCCAUUGGAAUUGGCUGAUGUGAAUGGAGACGGCCUGCGUGAUGUACUUCUUUCCUUUGUAACUUCAAGGAACGGGAGUGCAACUGGUGUCUCAAAGCCAGCUGCUAUUCUGGUGUGCCUUUCGGGGAUGAAUGGCAGCACACUCUGGUCAAGUACCUUCCCCGAGGAGGCCCGGGAUAUAACAUGUUUGGAUCUGAUGCCAGGAAGCGUGGCUGAAACCAUCUGCCUUGUGACAGGGACACACAAGAUGCUCAGUGCAUUCAAUGCGACAUCAGGGAAAGCCAUUUGGACUUUAAACCCAACCUACUUAUCCAAUGGUACCCUGGCUGCCCCAGGGGUGGUGCUGCCGGACUUGGAUGAAGAUGGCGUUAGAGAUCUUGUCGUUCUGGCCAUCGGGGAAUUGCAGCCAGAUCUGUGCUUUCUGUUGGUGUCUGGCCGGACAGGGAGUCCCGUGGGCCGACCCGUGAAGUACAACAUCGUGGGAGUGGGGAAUCUGAUUGGUCCUCAGGUUUAUGUCACCACAAAUGGGGCUGUCUACAUCCUGUUUGGCUUUGGAAAUAUCCAAGCUGUCGCCCUGCGGGACAUUUUUGUUCAGGCCCAAAAUCGAGACAGCUUACCACCUUCUCUGCAGAUAGAAGAGCCAGAAUGGGAGAAACGAAGAUCCAUCAACCUGUCUGAGCUCAUUGACAUUUACAGCGAUGGUGUUGAGCUACUCCAGAUGGUGAAGGCACCUGAUUCCAACAGCAGCAACCUCCUGAUUACAACCAGACAAAGCCUCGUCCUGCUUCGGGGGCAAAAUCUUACACCUUCCUGGACACUGAGCCUGCAAGGCCUGCACAGCCAGCCUACUCCUGGGUAUUUCACAGACGAUCAGACCUUAGACUUCCUUCUCCAGAUACAGGAUGGAGUUGGGAUGAAAAAGAUGAUGGUGGUGGAUGGGGACUCAGGCUCCAUUACCUGGAGUUACAGUGCUCCCUGUCACAUGAAAGAGACGCCAACCACGUCAGCAGUUACUUCGGACCAGAAGUCAGUCUUCCUCUUCUGGGCUGAAGGGAUGUCAGCUGCAUCUCCCAGUUCUGAUGUCAUCCCAGGAACUGGGCCACCCAGCCUUCACCACCUUUACCUCCUGCAUCCAGCAUUCCCCUCUAUCCUUCUGGAUCUGGCCAAUGCCACGGGCACAGUGAUGGCUUCCGAGGUUGGAAUUAACGACCUCUGGAAAGAUGCCUUUUAUGUUACCAGGACAACAGGGCCAAGCUCUGAAGGCCAUCCGGCACCCCUGGUGGUUAGCAAGCUUAGUCUACGGUGGGCACUGAUGGAAGGCCAGGUGGUGCAGCUCGAGGACACCACCCCCAAAAUCGGCCGUGGGGAGCUUCGGAGAUUCCUCUCUAGGAUAAAGUUUGUUGAUCCUCCCCACCAGAUAUAGUCUGAGGAAUCUUCCAUCUCAGAAGAAGUGAACAGAGUGGUACCAUCUCUCUCCCAGCAGCAUCACGUCAGUUCUUUGGAGAGAAGGAAGACUUCAACCUCACUUCACCGGCUCUGCGUGAUUGUCACAAA